AGAAGAGAUUUGAAGUAUCAGAAAUAAUGGCAGUGCCAAGAAUCAAAUUGGGUAGUGAGGGAUUUGAAGUAUCAGCACAGGGAUUGGGUUGUAUGGGAAUGUCUGCCUUCUAUGGCCCUCCCAAGCCUGAAGAUGAAAUGAUCUCCCUCAUUCACCAUGCUGUUUCCAAGGGCGUUACUUUCCUAGAUACUUCUGAUUUUUAUGGACCUCACACUAAUGAAAUUCUCAUUGGAAAGGCAUUAAAAGGAAUAAGAGACAAAGUGCAGUUGGCUACCAAGUUUGGAGCAAGCUUUAAUGGUGGUCCGAAAUUAGAGGUUCGUGGAGAUCCUACGUAUGUUCGUGCUUCUUGUGAAGGGAGUUUGAAGAGACUUGAUGUGGAUUGCAUUGAUCUUUAUUACCAACAUCGUAUCGACAGCAAAGUCCCCAUAGAAGUUACUAUUGGAGAAAUGAAGAAAUUGGUUGAAGAAGGGAAAAUAAAAUAUAUUGGACUUUCAGAGGCUUCUCCAUCAACAAUUCGAAGAGCACAUGCUAUUCAUCCUAUUACAGCAGUUCAAUUAGAGUGGUCCAUGUGGACUAGAGAUGUUGAGGCUGAAAUUGUUCCAACCUGUAGGGAGCUUGGUAUUGGAGUUGUGCCAUAUAGUCCCUUAGGUCGUGGUUUCUUCUCUUCUGGAGCAAAGCUAGUUGAAAACCUAUCAUAUACAAAUUAUAGAAAGUAUACACCAAGGUUUAUGGGAGAGAAUCUUGAAAGGAAUAAUGUUUUAUUUGAGAAGUAGUUAGCAAUUGCUUCGAGAAAAGGGUGCACUAUGGGGCAACUUGCACUUGCUUGGAUUCAACACCAAGGACAAGAUGUUGUACCAAUUCCUGGGACAACAAAAGUGAAGAACUUGGAGGAGAACAUAGGUGCAUGUUUUGUGAAACUUGCACCCAAGGAAAUGAACGAAAUAGAGGACACAAUAUCUUCUAAUGGUGUCCAUGGAGAUCGAUAUACUAUGAGUGAGAUGGAUUCCACAUGGAUGAAGGUGGAAACACCUCCUUUAUCAUCAGGGAAAGGGAUAUAAGUAGUUUUAAUAGUAUUAUCUUCCUAUUGCUAGUUCUAUGGAAGCCAAAUAAGUGGAUUCCACUUUCUGUUUCAAAUAAGAAGGAAAUAC